CAGUAAAUACGAAAAUAUAAACAUUAAAAAUAUUAUUUUAUCUAUAACAACGUACGCAGAUGUAAUUUUUUUCCGCAUUUAGAUUGUCACGUUUCGAAACUCAGCCUGAAAUCUGUUUAAUUUGAAAUUUUUCGUCACGCUUUUAAAAACUAAACGUCAAAAUGAUUUGUUAUGAUCCCUUAGGAUGUGCUCUAAAAUUUCGUUUUCCAAGUUUUUAAAAAUUACAAGAGAACGUGAGAAUCCAAGUGCAAUCAAAAUCUGACUGAAAAGGAAAAAAAAACUUGAAACAACUUUAACUGAUCAAUAUAUUUAAACCAAUAAAGCAAAAUGUCCUAAAGAAAAAAUUCUCGAACGUAUAUUUUAAAGUAAUCAAAAAGCACAUAUUGCUAUUUAUUUUUCAGUAAUAGGCAGAUAAAUAUCCAGGUUCUUCGUUACCUGAAAAAAAAAGACGUCUUUAUAAAUCAUGAUCCAUUUGAUCACUUUAAAAGUCUAAAAAUAAUCAAUAAGGCAUCCACUUUCUAUGCCUUUACUUUCGCUGCUCUCAAUUCAAGCCGGAAGUUGCGGGAGCUCGAAUGCUUACGCAAAUCAACACAACAGAACAACUAAGACGUCCGGAACUCUUACGUUAGAACUGACCAAUAACCCCUGAAAUGCCAAGAUCACCGUCAAAUCCUACAGCGGUUUUGAAGGGGAAUCGGAUCACUAAUUUAUAUCAGUAAAAAGUAAAAAGUGCACACACAAAUCGAAGAAACCUCCCUGCUCUACGAAGAAUUAUGAAUCCCCGCAAUCAUUGUUACGACGUAACAAAAAAGUGGAAUGUGUUUACUUUUGAUAUUGUGGUGGGUUGUUGAACAGUCUAGUGAUCUGACAAGAUUGAUGAGUGAAACUGAAAUUUCAAAUCGCUGGAUAUGGUGUACACAUUAAAGUCAAACUAAAAAAGGGUACAUUAUCUUUUUUCCCGAAAUAAAGCUUCAUAGAAACUGAAAGAAAAAUUAUGUGACAAAACGCAUGAGGAUCGAGGCGGAUACAAGGUAAAUAAAAGGAUCGAGGCGGAUAUUAGGUAAAUAAAAUACGGCAGAUCAUUCUAUCGAUCGAAGUUAAAGAGUUGGAACGUUUUAGGCUCAGCAUUUUGCAAGGGAAAUCACUAAAUUAGCUGUGAUAAAUGAAUUUAUGGCUGCUGUAAACGCUCAGGUAAAAGGUACAAUUGAAACUUCAAAAGAUUUGGAAGCUGGGGAAAGCGAAGGAGAAAAUGAACUGAAGAGAGAAAAUGCUACACAGAGUGGCCUAAAUUUUUUGAAGAAAUACUUCAAGCUCGAAAGUUUUAAAAGGACUUUCAACCCAGUGAUUCAAAACAAUACUAUAACUCUCAGAAACGUUGUUGUCGCUGCUUCAACCUACGGUCUGGAAAGACUUUUGAACGCCGGAGUAUUCCACUGUCCUGACAAUGGCUAUCGACGGUAUGGAUUCGCGUUCCUAUUCGGCCCUGUUCUAAUCCUGUUCUGCAUAAACCUCUUGGUCAUCGGCGAGGUAUGGAAGCUGUCUUCCCGGAGGCACGUGAAACGCUACAGAAGACGUGGCGACUUUACCGCUGGGGUUUUACCAAGUAUCCUAAAAGCCUGUGUCGGACCGGCAGUGUGGUUGAUUGUCGCCUUUCUCGAAGAAGAUUAUUAUCUGUGUGCCACGAUUGGCCCCUCUCCACAGAAAGAGAUGAAGCAACACGAAAACGUCGUUUUGGACCGAAAGCAGAUGGUAGACGAGAGUAAGAGCCAAUCACAUUUAUGGGCAUGGGUCAUACUGAUCACGCUUGUUGCUAUCGGAACUGCAAUGAUAGUCUGGAAGUGUUGUUACCUUAAAGACAAUCUCCUCAUGGAAAAUCUCUAUUCGUAUGAAAGAAGAGAGGCCCUGAGCGCGCAGAUGACGUUUAAAAAACGUAUGAACGGGGAGAAGGCGUUUGAAGAACGGAUGGAAGGUCUUGGAAAAGACCCUGACCUCGACGAAGUUCCGAGAGUGACUAAACACGGUAAAAAAGAUCAUGAAAAAGUUACUCUUUAUAAAGAUGGAAUUCCAGAAAAUAUAGGAAAGAAAAAUGUGGAGGAAAUGUUUAAAGGUUACAAAGUUGGCGAAAGCAGCGAUAAAUGGCACUACAAAUUGCCUUACGAUGCCUUUAGGAAAAAGUACCCUCGUAUUUCCACAGGAUGUCCUCGCGAUCCUUGGGUAGCGGUACAGAAAAAUGUUCUCGACUCAAGAACCCAGAAGAAAAAAAAGAAGCAUUUCUCGACCGAUUCCGCAGAAAAUGAAGUCUAACAAGCUUCACAAAGAGGCGAUGUUCAGGCAGAGGAAAAGUAAAUAUCUUAACAGAUAGAUUAACCUAUUUUGUUUUACAUAUUUUAUCACUUUUACGCUGAAAAAUUUCAUAUUUUUCCGUCAGAGAAAACAAUACAAAAUUUCGACCCAAAGGUAAAAAAGAUCCACAUCAGUUAAAAUGUAAAUAGAAAAAUGGUCUCUCCCCCCAAAUAAUUUGCGGAACCUCUGGAAAUAUAGUCCAUAAUUUAUAACCGAAAAGUCUGCAUCUGAGCAGAAAAUAUUUCUUUGUUUCUUGAUGGAAAAGUUGAAAAAGAUAAAAAUGGUUUACUUGGCUAACAAGUUAAGAUAAAAAGAUGGUAGAAGCUAAUCGAUUAGGGACGCCAAGUUAUACCCGAUUUUAACUACCACAGAUGCAAUUUUUCGGUUGUGAGACUUCUACGUGCAAAUUUCGCUGUUAGUUAUUUCUUCAAUUUACCUCUCGUUGGGGCACAGUGUAACAUUUUAUGGCAUCGUUAUUAAGUUUUGCUACAAGUACAAAAAAAAAUCUCGUAUUUGAACUUAUGAAGACAGUCCCUUAGACUUAAAUUGAUUAGCGAGUAACGACAACGUAUUUCCAAUGAGUAUUGUAUUGAAUGAAGAUAACAUGCAUAUCUGUUAGUAUUUUUUUCCAGACUUUGUGCAAUUUUUAAGUUAUGCUUUAAUCUUCUACUUCAGUGAAAUUAUAAUUAUCACUAUGAUUAUAAUUAUGAUAUAAUUAUAAUUAUUAUAAUUAUCAUGAAACAUACCUGACAAAAAAUGCACAUUUGUCGUGACUCGUACAUAAUUGUAUCACAAGCGUCAUGGUGGAUUUUGUUUCUGUGUUGAAGUGUUUAGUUCCUCUGUACUCUAUUCUUUCUUUCACUCCAAAAAAUACCUUACUUAGAGCUAUCCCUGCGAUGAGUUCCUGUUUUCUUAGAGCUCUUAAUUCUUCUUAGUUUAACCCUUUAA